UUUGAUUACCAAACAGUCGAGUUUAAGGGAAGGAAGGAAGCAGCAGGCAGAUUCAUCCUGCAGCUUUAUCUGGAGAACGUUUCGCUUUUCUAAUACAUUAAUUGAAAACAAAGGUAGCCUGUCCAGGAAAUAUGCCCAAAUCAACAAAAACUGCAAGCCGGCAGGCAAGACGCUCCGCUUCUGAAACGCACCCGGUUUCACACUCAAACUAUGGCUAUGAGGAGCGAGUCUAGGGUGGAGACCGAGGUGGAGGCGGAGGAAAGCUUCGGGCCACAGCCUCUGAGCAAACUGGAGCAAUGUGGAGUCAGUGGCAGUGACAUCAAGAAGCUGGGGGACGCAGGUUUCCACACCAUCGAGGCAGUGGCCUACGCACCCAAGAAGGAGCUGCUUAAUAUCAAAGGCAUCAGUGAGGCCAAGGCUGAAAAAAUUCUAGCUGAAGCAGCCAAACUUGUGCCGAUGGGCUUCACCACAGCGACUGAGUUCCACCAGAGGAGAGCGGAGAUCAUCCAGAUCUCUACGGGCUCCAAGGAGCUGGACAAACUCCUGCAGGGCGGGAUCGAGACGGGCUCCAUCACAGAGAUGUUUGGAGAGUUUCGGACGGGGAAGACCCAGCUGUGCCACACACUGGCUGUCACCUGUCAGCUGCCCAUUGAUCAGGGGGGGGGAGAGGGCAAAGCCAUGUACAUCGACACAGAGGGGACCUUCAGACCAGAGAGGCUGCUGGCUGUAGCUGAGAGGUACGGGCUGGUGGGCAGUGACGUCCUGGACAACGUGGCCUACGCCCGCGCCUUCAACACGGACCACCAGACCCAGCUGCUGUACCAAGCCUCCGCCAUGAUGGCCGAGUCCAGGUACGCUCUGCUGAUCGUGGACAGCGCCACCGCUCUCUACAGGACGGACUACUCGGGCAGAGGAGAGCUGUCUGCGCGGCAGGGACACCUGGGACGCUUCCUGCGCAUGCUGCUGCGCCUGGCCGACGAGUUUGGGGUUGCCGUGGUGAUAUCCAACCAGGUGGUGGCGCAGGUGGAUGGAGCGGCCAUGUUUUCCGCAGAUCCAAAGAAACCAAUCGGAGGCAACAUUAUGGCUCACGCCUCCACCACACGUCUGUACCUGAGGAAAGGCCGAGGAGAGACGCGGAUCUGUAAAAUCUACGACUCGCCCUGCCUGCCCGAGUCUGAGGCCAUGUUCGCCAUCAACCCUGAUGGAGUGGGUGAUGCUAAGGACUGAGGUGGGGGGGGCAGGAAGCAGCGGGUGGUAAUGAGUUACUGUCACCCCUGCUGACUCAUUCUGGACUAAAGUGUUCUGCACCAUGCCACCGCCUCCACUCAGAGCCUCAGCUGACAGGGCUUAGGAUUUGAUGCUGAUGGAGAAGGUGGUGCACACUGUGGACCCUCGGCAGAGCAGAGGUGCAACAGCACAUUUCCCCCGACAUGGGGAACAAGGAGGUUUUCUUUCACUGACUAAGUAUCUCCUAGCUGGAUUGUUCUGUUAAGAGAAACAGCCUUAGGAUUUCAUAAUGAUGAUGGUAUCUCCAUCAUUCCAGACAAAUCUAUCGUCUUAGUUCCCCAAAUAAAAAUCCCAAUUUGACCAGUGUCCGUUGAGCAAAUAUUAGAUCUUGACGUAUUAAAGCACGAGAUAUUAAGUCAUUAUUAGAAAUAGGGUCUCCAUUUUUUUUCUGUGUUGAAUUAACCUCUGUAGUUUCUCUAUGGAGUGGUCACAAAAGAUUUUUUGUAAAAACUAUUUCUAAUAUUUUGUGAUUUUCUUUGCUAGUUUUGUCUCCGUGGUGUUUCUUAUGUCUUUGUGACCGCAUUUCUUUAACGCUACACUUUGUUAUUUCUCUAUUUUCACCUUUGUCAGCUACACUAAAGGUUUGUCUCUUUUCUGUCUUUAGCAGCGCCUUCUGUAAAUAUAACUUGAAGCUAAAUAAAAAAUAGUUUUACCAUUAAA